UACUGCCUGGGUGCCCAAACCGAAUCAGAUGGAUUUGUUAGGGGACCACGCCUUGAGCCUUUGACCUAGAGGUCUAAUCUAUAAGGUGGUGGGGCGAGGUUAGGAGAUGCAGACCUAUGGUAGCCGGUGAUCAACAAUAAGUUGGUAUGUCCUUGUUCCCUCAGGAUCCUUGAGCCCAUCUACAAUAUUUGUUUGUAAUAAGGGUUUUCCGACUUUCCUAGGUGGACGCACCGUGUCCACCAACCUGGUUAAAGCGUCGGACAUUCGCUUUUCGUCCUCUCAAUUUCGUAAACAACACCCGUAGUGUGAGAAGGUAGUGAGUAGAACUUGCGUGACUGUGGCUGUAUACGCGUGUCCAUGUAAAAGCAUUCGGAGAGGAAGAGUUGACUCUCACCACCGUCGGUCAUACCAGGGCAUUUGGGGCAAUUAGUAAUCAUUCUCUCUGUGUUUAUUGCAUCCCUCAAAAAUUUCUAUACUAGCUAAUUUAUCUCUUUGUUAUUGUUGUAAAAUGUUACUAUUGACUUUAAAUGUGAAUUACGCUUCCAUUAAUUAUGUUGUUUCGCUCUUGUAUCCGUUUUGAUAAUAAGCACAUCUUUCUAAACUUACAUUUUUCAACAUACUUUCUACCUUUAAUUUGUCACUAAGUUAGGUAGUUUUAUUAAUGAACUCAUCAGAUAAAGAUUCUUGUAUUCAGCUCCAAGACACACUCUGAAUAUAAGGAUUAGUAGUGCUGCCCAAUUCUCUGAAUGAAAUUAGGCAAGACAGGGUUUGAGCCUAAACCACUAGGUCACCCCCCCCUAUUAUUGGUUGAAUUCUGAUUAUAGCUGGGAUUGGAACUGUACGCAAAUAACUUGAUUGUUUUCAAUAUUCCAUAGUAUUAUUCUCUAACUUAUAUUCUUAGGAAAUAUAUAGUUACAAGUUCUCACUAUCACAGACGGUCUUGUGAACAUUUGUCAUGGUGAUGAUAUCAUAAAUCUGUCGACUGGAGUUAUAUAAUGUGUGUGCACAUAUUGGGAUCGGAAAGUUGCCUGAGAAAAGUGUAAUUUCUCUCUGUUUGUACUUCUCUAUACAGUCGAAUCAUGACAAAAAAGAAACUAUCCGAGAAACAUAGACGUGAAAUAUCCAAACAGCAUAUUCUUAAACAAACUAAUUCACAAGGAAUAACUGUUGUAAGUGAAUUUGUCCGAGGAUUUGUACGACGUCAUGUCAUUGAAAAGCAACGUAAUCAAUCUGAUUUAUAUUGGCGUCCAGGUUCUAAUGUCAGUCAUAAUAUUAAUCUAUUACCACAAUCCACUAAAAUACGUAAAUCAAAAAGAAAACAAUUAUCUUCCACUGAUGAUUUUCCUAUCAAAGUGAAACGUUCUCAUUCAAAGAAGAAAUCUUUUUCAAAAUCAAUAAUCAAUCAUAAACCAUCAGCGAUACCAUCAAAUUUACCAAUCAAAUUACAUUAUUUAUGGAAUGGUUAUUUUCAAUCAGUUAUGUCAAUUCUACCAUCUAAAUUAAAUCAUAAUCAUUGUACUAAUUUGAAUAUCAUUAAAAAUUUAGAUACAAUUUUACGUUUAAAUUUAAUUGGAGCACAAUUAAAAAUUUUACGUUCAACAUCAUGUCGAGCUGGUAUAGAAGGUAUUGUAAUCAUGGAAACAAAGAAUACAUUUUGUUUAGCAACUAAAUCAUUACAUAAUCAAUUAAUGACUCUUACUACUAUCCCAAAAUUAGGUUCAUUAUUUUUACUUACUUUACCUCAAAUGAUGAAUAAUCAAUCAAAUAAAACUUCUACUCAUCAAAAAAUUGAAAUUCUACUUAAUGGUGAUCAUUUAAUUCAUCGUGCAAUUGAUCGAGCUAUACGUAAAUGGAGAUAUAUUCCAACAACAGCAUAUGAAUAUAAUCAAAAUGCCUUAACAACUGAAGCUAAUUUUUCUAAUGUAUUAAUUGAUUAUGUAAUCAAUAAAUAAUUAUUUAUUUUA